AAACAGCGUGCCCUCUAUUUCUUCACCGUCAUGUUCCAUAUCUCAAACAACGGAUGCAAAUUAUCGCGGAGUAAUGCGCGCAUCGCGGGAUAGAAAGGCCAGACUGAAUGUCUACCCCGCAUCUCGCUCAGCUCUCUGCCUCCCCUGGGUCGAGGCUGUCAAUCUGGCCUGCCUGGACCUUGGGAGAACACGGAUAGAAGAGCAUGUCAGCUGAACCUACCCCCGAGUUCUUCUAUUUACUCAUCCGACCACCAACAUACGGUUCCUCCGGAUUACCACACUGCUCCUCGUUCCAUCCCUCGGUGUCCUUUUGUAUCGAUACCACACAACCAUGGCGAUGAAACCCACGAUCGUGAUUGGGGGAGGAUUGGCCGGGCUGAGUGCCGCGCACACGCUUUUGGAGCGGGGUCAGACCGUACUAUUGCUGGAUAAGAAGCCGUCACUGGGCGGCAACUCCGUGAAAGCGAGCUCGGGCAUCAACGGCGUGUACACCAAGGCACAGAAAGAUGCCGGCGUCGUCGAUAGCGUCGACGCAUUCGCGGCGGACACGACCACCUCCGCAGGCUCGCUCGCUCAGCCCGAUCUCAUCGCCGCGCUCACGGGAAGCAGCGCCGCGGCCAUCUCGUGGCUGACGGACACAUUCGGCGUGGAUCUGUCCAUCGUCGCGCGGCUCGGCGGGCAGUCUGCUGCGCGCACGCACCGCGACAAGGGCGGUGCCCCCGGGUAUGCGAUCACGGGCGCGUUGAUGAAGGCGCUCGAGGCCGCCGGUGCAGCGAAAGUCACGAUCGUGAAGAACGCGCGGGUGGUGAAACUGGUAGAGAGCAGUGACCGCGUUGUGGGUGUCGAGUACGAGGUCGGGGGCGAGACCAAAACCGCGGAAGGCAGCGGUGUCAUUCUCGCCACUGGUGGAUAUGCGGCAUCGUUCUCCCCGGGGAGCCUGCUUGCCACACAUCGCCCGGACCUCCUGGCCCUGUCAACGACCAACGGGGAUCACGCGACCGGAGACGGCAUCUCUCUGGCGACCUCACUCGCCGCUUUGCCAGCUGGCACGAUCCACCUCGACCAAGUACAAGUCCACCCAACCGGCUUCGUCGACCCGAAGGACCCCGGCGCCCGGACCAAGUUCCUCGCCGCCGAAGCCCUGCGCGGAGCGGGUGGCCUGCUGAUCGAUAAGGACGGCCGGCGGUUCGUGGACGAGAUGGAGAAGCGGGAUGUCGUCACGGCGGCGAUGCAGCGUAUCGAGCAGGCGGGCCAGGGUCCGAUCAGAUUGCUUCUGGGCGUGGGCGACUUCUAUGUCUUCAAGGGUCUGAUGAAGCCAUACCCGAAUGCGGAAAGCUUCUCGCUGGAUACGGGGGUCCCGUUGGCCAAUCUGCUAGCAACGUUCGCGGCACACGGAGCGGGAAACGAUCCCUUCGGUAAAACUGUCUUCCACAACGCAAGCUAUAGCGCAGACGAAGCACUGCAUGUCGCUAUUACCACGCCAGUCGUGCACUACACCAUGGGCGGGCUGACCGUCGAUCCCGAAGCCCGAGUCUUGUCGGACAAGGACAGGGCUCCUAUCCCCGGACUGUGGGCGGCGGGUGAAGUCAUCGGAGGCGUCCACGGCAGCAACCGACUUGCCGGGUCGUCUCUCCUCGAGGCUGUCGUGUUUGGUCGGAUCGCCGGAAAGUGUGCGUGAGUCGGACGAUCGACAUGGGACGCGCCUUCUAUGGGUUGGAUCGAACGAAAGAGCUGCUUGGAUCGGUUGGAUCGAUACAAUCACAGCUAAUGUACAUAUAUCACCACAUUUACAUUAUCUUUUGCAUCCACCUCGACUCGAAGCCUGGUCAAAGCAUUCUCUGGACAUCGCUGGCACCGUUCCAGCGCCAAGACGAAGCGAUCUUUGUUGAUGAGCUAUCGGUCCCGAGGGGGA